GUUUAAUUUUCUAAGAAGUCACUUUUUGACUACACUAUAUAUAGGCACAUACUUUGGAUUAUUGCGUCCUCUCAUGCAAAGAAGCAAGAAACAAACAUAACAGCAUAAUGUUAAUUCGGAUGAUAUUUGUUGUUCAAAUACUUGGUUCGGUUCAAUGUUUUACAAUAACCAACCGUUUGGAAAAAGAAGCAAACUUGUAUGAUGUGGCUAAACUUCAGAAAGGAGAACUUCAAAACAUCGGGGAACAGUUUAUUCCUCUUGGGAAAUACGAACAAACAAGUCCAUUGGCGUUAACAUCAGAAUCUACGAACAAUGGCAUUUUGAGAACCAUACGUGCAUCCGACAAACGAGCCAGAAAGCCAAGGAGAAAGGGACCUAAAGCUAAAAAGGUAGCGUCUAUCCAUAUGGUACCUAAAACGGGAAAUAAUAUCCAUCCUAUUAUUGGUUCAUUUGAUCAACAAGGCAACAUAAACAGCGACUGGGAGGCAGAAUCCCGCGUUAACAUGAAAUUCAUCAUCGACUCGCGCCCCCGUGACGGAUCAAAGUGCUUCAACGAGGCGCUUAUCGUAAUAAAAUACACUGGGAGUUACUUCCUAUACGGUCAGAUAUUUUUCAAUGGGAGAGAUCAUGAGAUGGGUCACUGUCUAUACGUCGCUGAUUCGUACCGACCUUGUGGGUGUUUACGAGCCUCGUGUGGUGAACGAAAAGUCAUGUGUUCACGUUCGUCCCCGGGACACCCCAGGCAUUACAACGAAGCUCAAAAUGUCAACACUAACUAUGUAGGUGGUGUGGCGUUUUUAAGAAAAGGUUCGACCAUACGACUCGGGGUUGAAUCACAAUACAGUACAGAUAUGAGUAAAACCAUUGAAAUAGACAAAUCAAUGUGCUAUUUUGGAGCCUUUGCAGUUUGACUUCGCUACGACGUGACAUGCCUUUUUAUUGGAUGUUAACGCAUGUUAAAACCCACAACAGAAUGAAGAAAGCAGAAUGCACUGUAUUUUAUUUCAAAGAAUAUAUAGCUGUAACUUAAGAAGAGUAUAUUCUUUUUCUUCUAUUGUUUUUAAAGAAAGGACAUUAGGCAACCUAUCAAAAACCAGUGUAGCACAAAAGACCCAUCCAGGUUGAA